GCACCAAUCAAGAAGAGCCACAUGAGUGGGGAGUGUCUGUAUAAAUGAAGCAGACAGCAAGUUCUGUUCCCACGCUGGGCAGAAGAGGAAGGAGCCUCUGGGUUCUUCGCUGACGUUACAUGGAGAGUCUGCAGACAGCGGCGGUGUGACCUGCAAGCCUCACUUUACGGGAAAAGAUGGUGGGCUGUGACCUGCUGUGGCUGGCUGUGGCCUCCUGCAUUCUGACGCUGGCCUCUUCAUCUACAACAACACAGCAAGGUUAUGGAGGCUCCAGGAACGGUGGCUCUGAUGGGCUGGACUGUGAAACCCCUGGCUCCUGCUUUGACCCUUGCCAGAAUUACAUCACCCUGGAUGACCCGUCCAGAAGCACAGAGAACAUGGAGGAAGGAGAGGAGUGUGAUGAAAAUCUGUGGGGCUGGUACCGCUUUGUGGGUGAAGGGGGAGUGAGGAUGCCAGAGACCUGCGUGGACGUAUUCCGGUGCCAUGCCUCUGCUCCCAUGUGGCUGAAUGGAGCUCACCCCGACCUGGGAGAUGGCAUUGUCAGCCACACAGCCUGUGCCAACUGGAAUGAAAAUUGCUGCUUCUGGAGUUCUGAGGUCAAGGUGAAGGCCUGCGUAGAAGAAUCAGGAAUCUUUCACGUGUACAAGUUCCAGGGCACCCCUGAAUGCAGUCUGAGAUACUGCACAGAACCUGAAGAAAUUUUCACCACAACCCCUGAACCCACCACUGAACCCACCACCACCCCCGAACCCACCACCACCCCUGAACCCACCACCACCCCCGAACCCACCACCACCACCUACGAUCCCAUCACUGAACCCACCCCUGUACCCACCACCGAACCCAUCACUGAAACCAUCCGUCCACCCACCCCUGGACCCACCCUUGAACCCACCGAGUGUGAUAUCACUUGCCGUCCUGAGGAGAAAUGUGUUCUCCAAGAUGGUUUCUGGACCUGCGUCUGUAAUCCGGACCUCAGUGUUUCUGAUCCUCAGAGUCUGCAGCCUGAGCUGGACUGUGGACCUAGUGAGAUCAAGGUGAAGCUGGACAAGUGCUUGCUGGGAGGUCUGGGUUUCAAGGAGGAGAUCAUUGCCUUCCUGAACGACGGGAACUGCCGUGGAAUCAUGCAGAACGAGCCCAACAACUGGGUGUCCACCACCAGCCCCGUUAUGGCUGGUGCCUGUGGGAACAUUCUGGAUAACAAUGGAACUCAUGCCAUCUACAGAAACAACCUCUCCUUGGCCACUGAUUUCAUUAUCAGGGACAUCAUCGUCAAUGUCAAUUUCCAGUGUGCCUACCCACUGGACAUGAAGAUCAGCCUCCAAACUGCUCUCCGGCCCAUUGUAAGUUCCCUGAAUAUUGAUGUGGGCGGGGCAGGAGAGUUCACUGUCAGGAUGGCCCUUUUCCAAGACGAGAGCUACACACAACCUUAUGAAGGGGCCGAAGUGGCGCUUCAGGUGGAGUCUAUGCUCUAUGUGGGUGCCAUGUUGGAGAGAGGAGAUGACUCCAGGUUCAAGCUGUUGCUGAGAAACUGCUAUGCCACACCCACAAAAGAUAAGAAUGACCCCGUGAAGUACUUCAUCAUCAGAGACAGCUGCCCAAAUCAACACGAUUCCACCAUCAACGUGGAGAAGAAUGGGGUGUCCUCAGAAAGCCGAUUCUCAGUACAGAUGUUCAUGUUUGCUGGAAAUUACGACCUAGUUUUCCUGCAUUGUGAGGUGAACCUAUGUGACUCCACUAAUGAAGAGUGUGAACCAUCUUGCUCUAGAAGUCAGCUCCGCAGCAGUGGACCAGGCAUCAACUUGGCCCAGGUUCUCGAUUUAGGACCCAUCAGUAGGAAAGGUGCUAAGAAUCUCGAGACCUCGAAUGGGACUCCCGGCACUGCAGGGUUCCUGAUGGCCUGGCCCAUGCUCUUCCUGCCUGUCUUCCUUCCUUGGCUGUUUUGAGAGGCCAGCUGGGCAUCUGGCCGAGAAGUUUAUGUUCUUCCCUCUGGCGAUGGCUCUCAUCCAGCCUUCAGUAGAGCUGGAUCCCUCUGUGUAUCAUGUGGACUGCCCUGGUUCAAGGCUAGGCUGGGUUUGGAGAAAGGGAAGAGCAUGCUCUGUUAUGUUCCUCUUUCUCUGCUGUUGAGGCCCUGCCAGCUUGUCCUAGGCCAGCUUCCUCACUCAUUAGCGAGGCUUAGAAAGGGAAUCCAGACGCGCUUGGUUUCUCUUUGAUGCUAGUAAUUAGUGGAAAUGCAAAGCAUAUUAUAACUCCUGGAUAGAGGUGUCCCGUGAGUGGAAAUUCAUGGUUCUUCCUAAAUGUCUUGUGUCCUGAAAGCUAGUAAAUUGAAACCCAUUGACCCUGGCA